AGCAUGCUUAAGUUGACCCAGGAAUCUGCUGAAGAGUGGAGUCAAAGCCACGGUCUGCCAAUAUCCAGGAAACCUUACGACUAGGAGUCCAGAGACAGACUGUCGGUUCCCAGACACUAGGGGGAGAGAAGGCUGAAAGGAUGCAUCAGAUUUACAGCUGCAGUGAUGAAAAUAUACAAGUUUUCACCACGGUGAUUCCUUCCAAGGCAUCCAGUCCAGCCAGGAUAAGAGUCAAAAGCUCUCAACACCUCUUGACCAAGAAUAUGGUGAUUGAGUCAGACCUCUACACACCCCGGCCCCUGGAGCUGCGGCCACACCAUAUAGACCAUCUGGAUGCAGGUGAAGGCCACAGGUUUGUCCGGCUGCAGAAUGCUCGGCCUCCCAGGGUGCAUCCCACCAAAACCCCUGCCAGAUCUGUGGGGAUUUCUGAACCCAAAGCAUCAAAUCUGUGUGGGAAUCAAGCAUAUGGAAAAUCACUGAUUCCUCCAGUGGCCCGGAUCUCAGUGAAAUCUCCAGCUGCAGCAGAGGUGGUAGCCAUAGGCUCAGAGAAUGAAGCUGUUCUGGGGAGAGGAUCCAGACAUCUCAAGAAGAUGACGGAGGAGUAUCCAACUCUCCCCCCGAGCGCAGAGGCUUCCCUGCCACUGACAGGCAGUGCUUCCAGCGGUGUCCGUGGCAUCCUCCGAAAAAUGUUUACCAGGAACAAGAAGAAGUCUGAAUACAUGGGAGCCACCAACAGCGCCUUUGAGGCUGACUAA